AUGGCAGCGGCAGACGAUACUGGUAGCCUCGCUACGGGCGUCAACUCUCUCUUCCUGACGCAAGAGCCGAAUCGUUCAACAGCAGAACCAUCGAUACCACAGCUACUGGUCUCAGGUGACGUGAUCCCGCUGCCAGCACCACUAGAGAUCGAACCGUCGCCCUCCGUCGAGCGCCAUGGGAACCUCUGGUCUCAAUAUCAUACCCUUGACCCGGCCGCUAUUGCUCCUCUUGAACAAGCUAUCCUCCACUACCGAGUGCGUGCCUAUGAUCAAUCCAAAGCCAUCUUCGACGCAUUUCCUCCCGAGCUGAAGCAUCAUCCCGUCAUUGCUUUUGAGCGAUAUCAGACUUAUUGGCUAGACUGGAAGCUCAAAGACUGCUUGAAUGUCUUGCGAGAGGCAAUUACCUGGGCAGAGGCCCACGGCAAGGUCGACGACGCGUCUGGGAUUUAUACGUUAUUGCGUAUGUCCUUGGCUAGAGCUGAGGUCCUGGUAAAUGGCGAUUUCUCAAAGGCAAGGGACAGCCUGAGGGAGAUCAAGAGAUGGCUUGAAAACAUUCCAAUUGAUGAAUAUACUGACGUUCAAGUUCAAUGUAUCAUUCAAUAUUACUUUGUGAUUCUAAUGGCAAAUAACGUAACUGAUAACUUUGAGGAAGCUUACUUUCUAACCAUUCCGCAUAUCUCCAAGGGUAGCGUUGAUCCUCCCAUCUCCCAGCUACGGCAGUAUUUGCAAGGGGACGGCCGACUACGAGACGCCUGUGCUCUUUUGUAUAUCGAGGUAAACUUUCUGUCUAACAAGGAGACCCAAGUGAGAGCUUGUGGAUCCCUGCUUGAAGCCUGCGCCAAGGCUCCUCCUGCCUGCGAACCGUUGUGGUACGUCGAGGGCAGAACUCGAUUGUUGCUAGCUCAAAAGCUUCGAAGCAACGGCCAGGUCAGCGGGUCAAAUAUGGAGUUCCAGCUCGCCAAAGAAUUGCUGCAGAAGGCACCCCUGCCGACCGAGUUGAACAAUUCCUGGCUAGAUAUCAGUCUCUGUGAGUUGCGUUCUUCGAACUUUCCGGAUCCUAGUAUGCAACUGAAGCUUUGGGAAAGGUUCAGCGAACAGCCAGCAGUACAAAAGGAUGGUUUCAUGAUGUCUACUGCCCUUACCAAAGCUGCCGAGGCAGCGCUGGAAGUCCUCACCGCAACCCCAUCGCAGGAGAACAGGGAGAUCUUCUGGCGCUGGCAGAACAGGCAAGAAGCUCUCUUAGAGGAGCUCGGCGAUAGCUACUUCCUCUAUCUGGGUCAUUCGUGUACCGCAGAGCUUGCAGCGCAACUAUUUGAGGACUUCGGGGCCAUUCUCAAAUGGCAUAACGAGUUCGACGCGGCACAUCCGAACUUCAAAUUGUGGGAACUGCAACUAAUGGGCAAACGCAAAGCGCUUCAAAUCUAUGUUAAUCUCAAGGACGUGGAGAACAUCGCUAAGACUGCGCAAGAGAUGAACGAGAUAACUCGCCAGCGGGACCAAUUCUGGAAAGAAGACGGAUACAACGUGGGAUCUAUUGCUGAGAUGGCUGUUCGACUUGAUGCUGAGCAUGGUGGCGACUCCACCGAGAUCAGAGUACACAAAAAAUGGUUCGCGGAGUGGAUCGAGGAGGUUGUCUUACCCUUCGAAAAAAGAGAAGAUUCUCACCUUCUGCUAGGAUCGACGGAUGUCAUUAGUCCCCGUGCUGUCCUUAGUACAUUGGUGCGAUGGCUGAAAACGGCUUCGGUAAAUGGGGAACUUGACAAGGAAGAGCUGGUAUGCAUCUUGCUUCCUACGCCAGGAGCCACAGAGACAUUCAAUGUCGAGACGCUACUCACCCAUCUAACACCAGAAAAACUCCACCUCAAUCUAUUCGGCGCUGAGGCUUCUCCCACCCUCAACAGCCGAUGGGAGAAGGUCUUCAUGAUCUUGUCUGAAUGGCUCCGGAACCGGGCGACUUACAAUGAAACAAAGAGACACUACCUGCUUUACCGAUUACAGGUCGACAAGCUUGCCUCUGUCGUCGAAGCCGAGGACAUCCUGAUAGAAGCCCAACGCCUGGUGAACUUGGUGCCCACCCUGUGCGAAGAAGCCCAGCAAUCUGCGAAGUCGGUUCUACUUCACCGGCGAAAUAUGAUGGCUAGUGCGAAGAACAUAAUAUACUCGAGGCGACAGGGUGCACCACUCUCCGAUGACGCAGACCCAGAAUUCAUCGAGGUCCUUGAUCUCCACAAAUCAUCGUUGGAGGAAGCGGUGAGGGCAGGCAACAUUCUCGGUGAAGCAGGGACGGCGCUUUUCAUUGCGCAGCUCUAUUACUGGGGCGCCAUGAAGCUGAAAAAGUCCAUGCUCGAUGAAUUCUUCAAGUACCUGGAUCAAUCAUACGAAGCAUUUCAGAAGAGACGAGAGGGUUGGAAGGUGUUGAGUGGGUGGGACAAGGUAGAUAAACUACUCAAGGCGGUGUCCGAGAAUAUGCGGCUCCAGAUCGUACCUCUCGCCGUCGCCGUCCUUUGUCAAUUCUCCGAAGAAGCCCGAGAAUGGCGUGAUACUCGUAUCUGGUCCAUGAUACAGAUGGGCAAAUCCACCGGGCUGGGCUGGCUCAUGCAGACCAACAGGCUCGAUCAACAGGCUCUCCUGCGCAGUAACGGCGCCCUUCCAUUCACCGAAUACAGAGAAGUCCCAGUCGUUAAGCGGGAAGAUCUGUCCUUGAUCACCUCCGACGCCGGAGGGGACGUGGUCUAUGUUGAUUGGUACAAAAACACCGCCCCAACAACAAAUUCGUGCAAGCCUAUCGUCGUUAUUGUCUUGCCCAACAAGCCGCCGCUUGUGGUACUUGCUGACAUUACCUGGGAGGAAGUAGACAAGAUUGUUGACAUGUUCCUGGCCAUGGAUGAAGAGGACCUGGGCCAUGCUGAUUCGCGCAAACUUCUCCGCAAGCUGAACCCACUAGUGAAGCCUCUCGCCGAGCACACGCGGCCAGGUCAGGUGCUGGUGUUUUCUUCGAUUGAGAAGUUACAUCAGGUGCCAUUGCACGCACUUUUAGUAGAAAAAGAAGUCCUGAUCAAGAGGAACCCAAUCGUGUAUUGUAGUAGUCUCACCGUGUUAGAUGUAGUCUUCAAGAGUCGGAAGGCAAAGAUAGAAAAGAAUAAGGCAAACGCAGCUACGACGAUAUCGGCGUCAGCAGAAUGUCUCCCUAGAGCUGUCCUCUUCGGGGACCCUCCCUCUACCGAAGGCCGACAAGCCCUCCUCGAUCUCUCUCACCAACUUUCUGUGAAAGCUCACACCGUCACUGACAAUGACUUCACUACUUCAGCCUUCCAGUCCGCGAUUAAUAUUCCAGACCUGGAUUUGUUCCACUACCACGGUCACGCCUCUUUUCAAGAGGGUGAGCCGCUCGACCAGGGGCUCGAGUUUGAUGACAAGCGGUAUACCUUGAGGGAAGUGUUUGAUCUUUCUGCCCAGUCCGGCGCAGAGAGUGAGAAUGCCCUCCCGGAGCCACCAGAGGCUAUCAUCCAGCCUGCUCUAUUGAGUGCGGCAGGGCCUGCACCCCCCAACGACUCAGGAAAUCGGAUGGCUGCUGGUGGACAAAGAGGAGGCUACCACGCCACACUCCUGGGGUGCUCCUCUGGUAUGUCGACCACUAUGGACUCGUCAGACGUGGUUGGGCUCGUGCCUGCUUUUCUAUACGCGGGAGCGACAAGCACAGUAAGCGGCCUCUGGCGACUAGACGACAAGGAUGCGGCAAUCUAUUCUAAGGUUUUUUAUGAGGAAUCUUUCGCAAAGCCGGCCACACGCGGUGAGGAGAAGGUGACAGUUGAGGUGGAGGGCAAAGAGGAUGAGAACAAGAGGGAGAAGACGGCGAAGGAUGCAGAUAGGGGAGAGCAACGAGCCGUCCAAGACACUUCCCGUUUGAACACGCCUGUCGAACCGGCCAGGCUUGAGCCACAGAGAGCCCAGGGUCCCGGCAACGACUCCAAUCCUCUGACGGCCGCCGAGUCUGGAGGCAUUCCCUCUCCGGGCGCAGCUGGUCCGCCACCGGGAAGCUCACCUGAUACUCCCUCCUCAAUAGCUAAUGAUAACCGCAUUAAUCUCGCGGUUGCACACCAACGUGCGGUUCUCGCCAUCAUGGAAAAGCGGCCGAAGCUGGUGCACUGGGCGCCUUUUGUGCUGAAUGGUUACUGGAUGCGCUGA